AUGGACUCCAUGCUAUCUGCACAUGAGAUUGGUGAAGGACUCCCUGUCUUGAUCAUCCAUGGAUGGCAGAUGGAGGGAAGAGUCGAGGAACUCGACUUCGAGCCAAUCUUCAGCAAAACACCGGGACUUUGCCGAAUUUACGUGGACCUUCCAGGCAUGGGCACAUCACCUUCGAAUAAUGUCAAGGACCUGGAUGAUAUGUACCUUCGCUUGGGACAAUUCAUUGAUUCCCGACUUGGGAGCUCAAGAUUCUUACUUGUCGGCUCAUCCUGUGGCGGUUACCUGGCACGAGCCAUAGCUCACAAAUACGCUGCGCAAGUCGAUGGUUUGUUAUUGCGUGUACCGCUGAUUGAGCCCAAGGAUAGCAUGCGCGAUCUCGACGCUUUCCGACCUGUGGUAGCAAACGACCAAUUCAUGUCAAGCAUACCAGCUGAAGACAGGGCGCUUCUUGGAAAUGUUCUCGUUCAAACACCUGAUUACAUUCAAAAAUUGAAGGCAAAAUACGAGGAAAUUUACCUGCCAGCGGAGAGAGCAUCAGACGCUCAGGUGUUAGAUCCGAUUCGAGCAGACCCACAUCGAUAUCGGUUAUCAUUGUCGUUGGACAAUGAAAGCGCCAAGUUCUUUGCACCCACACUCAUUCUAUGUGGCCGCCAAGACGAGAGCGUGGGCUAUCGAGACAGCCUUCGCUUGCUGGUGCUCUAUCCACGAUCCACCUUUGUUGUUUUAGAUCGCGGUACGCACGGCCUACCUAUUGACGAGACUAGUGUAUUUGAGGCUUUGGUUCUUGACUGGAUUACCCGGGUUAAUGAAUGGCGAGCUCGCACGGACAUGUAA